AUGGUCAGUCGAUUGAAUAUCUCAUUGAGAACCGCAAUUUUAGGGAUAUUACAUACAAAAGCCUGGCUUGUUGAUGAUCAGCAUUUGUACAUCGGAUCAGCUAAUAUUGAUUGGCGGUCGCUUAAGCAGGUCAAAGAACUCGGCGUUGCUUUCUUCAACUGUCCUUGUGUGGCUGCCGAUGCCAGAAAACUGUUCGACGUUUACUGGCAAAUGGGCGCACCGAAUAGUCAAAUUCCAGCAAAAUGGCCGGCAGAUCUAGCCACAGUUUUCAACGCUAACAAUCCGAUUAGCGCUACUUUGAAUCAGCAACAGUCCGCUGUUUAUCUUUCAGUAUGUUUUUUCCCCUGUUUCCUUCGAUAA